AUGGAAAAACUUCUAAAAGCUUUAAAUCCGGGUGUGGAGGAAUCCCAGUCUUUAAGAUUUGGCUUGAUAAUUCUUCACGCCAGGAUUUUUUUCUUCAAGACCAUAUUACAUCUUGCAUACAAACUCCCUCUGAAAAAAUGGCAGGCCACAACACCUGAAGAUAAAAAGGUGGUUCAAGAAAACAAGGAACGAAUCCAGAAGGAAUACAGAGAAAGAACCGGCUUAAUAGUAGAUAUGCCAAAAAUAGGUUUUGGAAACUCCAAUUCGGGCAACAAUUCACGAAGAUUUUUUAGUGACCCGAACCUAGCCGCUGAAAUUACAGGAAUUAAGAAUAUACCAAACAGACUGCAAAGAUGUACAUGGAGCUGUACGGGUGGCAUCCAAUGA